GUUAUUUGUGCGUGCGCGUUGCCAAUAAACGGGCAGCGGCUUUUGCUCAGCUCUCGUGUGAUACAAAAAUGUGGAUUCCUGUGGAUUCCGAUUGAUUGUUUAUCGUUAACCGUUAGCCGAUUCGGCAGUGUGUCUUUUCCAAAAUUUUAACCGACAACAACAAUCGAAAUGACAACAACAACAAUGCAUAGUUCCUGCUGAGUAGCUUUUUUGUAUAAUCGAAUGAGUGUCCCUUUGUGUAUUUGAACGAGAUCCAAGGUAAACCAAGAUGAAAGUCAAUCAAGCAAUAACAACAGAAUCCGCAACAACAACAACUAAUCACUGCCACCUACAAACAAUAAGUUAACAACAAUAACAGCAAAAACAGCCGCACCGAAGAGGAGAAAGACCCCAAAGACCGGAAGAAAAAGCAGAAAACGAAGGAAUGUGGCAAACAGGAAACUAGAAAAUGUCCCAACCCUCGUAGCUAGCUGAAAUUUCCCAAUAGGAAAAUGGAUAACCGCAGAAACUGAUAAAUAUGUUAAGGAACAACAUAAAAGGAUGAACUAAGAAGAACUCCACAUUAAAUGAAUGCAUAGGUAAAAACAACUAUCUACAUCAACAGGAGAAUGAACGACUAUCAACAACUGCCAAGAAGAUUCAACAACGAUAAUAUACACCAACUAACAAAAUAAGUUUACAAAAACCAAUAAAGAAAAUUCAAAUUUUUCCACAACAACUAUAAAUGAAAUCAAUGUCUUACAAAAAUAACUAUUAAAUAGAGAGUACUUUAACAACGAAAAGGUUAACAACUAGCUGUUUUGAAAAUAAAUACCAAAAACUUCCUAGCAGUGGCUAAAAAUCUUCAAAAACAUGUGGUAAUUAAAAUAAACUAAUAAACUAACCAAUAAUAAAAAAGUGCUUGCCAAUAUCAAAAACUUUAAAUCUUUAGGAUUAAUACAUAGUAAUGCUAAACACCGACUAAACUCGCACAAAAUUUAAACUAACGUAACGUUUUAGCAAAAACAAUUCUUAUUAUCGAAAAUGCUUACAUUUAAAUAAAUGUUGUGGAUUAUGCAAAUGAAAGUAUCUUAGAUCUACGGCUUCCAUACAUUUAAAACAUUACUAAACAAACUGGUAAAAACCUAAAUAUUUGCUAAUCAUUUCACAUGAAAUCACAUUUUUACAAUAAUUAAUGUAUUUAACAACAAGAGAUAUUCAACAACAACUUACAACAAGGACGCGCACCAAUUCUCGAGAAUGAACCAACAAAGGAAUUCCAGCAGCUGGAACGCAUUUGGCAUAAACUGAAAAACAUCUUAACAAAAAACCAAAUAAAUAUAUAAAAAACUAUUUAUUGGGUAAAAGCGAAAAGAGUAAUGGGAACUGUAAUAAGCUAACAAAUAUACUCGUAUGCAACAAUCACUUUCAACAAUAUAUCCCUCAUCAAGAAAACAUCAUCGAAUCGCCGCAAGGAAUCUAGCGGAUUCUUCAAGAUGGAGCGCAUGUGGCGAAAAGUGAACCACAGUUUGCGCAACACCAGCAAGUCGCAAGCACAGCAAGCAGCAGGUGGCGAUGGAAUCAUCGGUGGCCCCGCCACAGGAGGCACUGCAGCCACGCCUCAAUCCACCGACACGAUUAGUUCGGCUGGCGGUUUCGGCGAUGGCCAGCUGGUGGUCGCUGUCCAGGGAUUAGCCACCGGAGGCAUUGGGGCUUCCAUCACUGCCAGUGGGGGCAGCAAUGCCACCGGACGACGCCUGGCCAGCAGCGGAGGAGGUGGCGGUUGUAACAAAUCCCUUAGCCAACAUGUCCUGCAAACACGUACCGCUUCCUCGGAACGCCGCAGGCGACGCCGUCGGAAAAGUCGCCCACGACGUGGCGGUGGAAUGGGAGUCACCAGUUGCGUCGGCGAUCCUGGUGGCGACAAUAUGUCUUCCUCGGGCGGCUUUUAUACACUGAAAGAGCACCAGCACUAUCGUCCCAGUCACCAUCAUGGCGGUGGCGUCUCUGUCGGCGGUGGCGGUGGCUCAUCCCGUCGUCUUUUCGCCACUUCGGCGCCCAGCGGCACAGUGAUGAUGUAUCCGAAUCCCCAGCGCGCCACGGCACUAGCACCAUCUGCGGGAUCUGGAACCGGGCAGGCAACCACUGCGGGAGGAGGAGGAGGAGCCGGCGGUGCUGGGGGUGGAGCGACUGGAUCCGGAUCUGGAGGACAGCCGGACAUCUCACUGAGACAGCGGGCGGUGGCCAAGUUGCGCAUGUUCAACUUCCAUCUCAACUGGGAUCUGCACAUGACGCACUGCAAGCCCUGCGGUCCCCGUUUGAGUGGCAGUGGUGGCAACAUAAUCACCCGAAGGCUGUGCCGCAAUCGUCGACGCGAGGACAACGAACUGUACCGCUCCAAUAGCUUCAAGUUCGAGCGAUUCGAGCGCAAGGAGUGCCUGGAGGAGCUAUCCAACACGUUGCAGAAGCAGAUUGCCAUCUGUGAUGAUUACAGCCUGCCCGUAGACUUUGUUAAAAAACGACCGUCCAGCUUUGAUCCGUGCCUGGCGGAGGCGAUACCAGCGAAUCCCGAGCACUGGAUUGCCCCCAGUCCGCAAACCGAGUUUCUGCCAUUCGGUGAAGCCCAACAAGCGUUGCAGCUACAACCAGCAGCAGCAACAGCAGCAGCAACAACAUCCGCAGCAGCAGCGGCAAACGCAACAGCGGCAGCUCCCCAACUACCGCCCCCGCUGCCCGUUACCGUGGCAACAUUGCCCACUCAGGCGGCGACAGCAGCAGCAGCAACAGCUGCGAUUUUGGCCACUCACCAGCAACAGCAGCAGCAGCAAUUGCAGCAGCAUCUGCAUUUGAGCAGCAGCAACAACAACAACAACGGCGGCAGCACACACGGCCAACAGCAUACGCACAGCAACAACAACAACACAUUGCCAGUAGGGGCACAGCAGCAGCAGCAGCAGCAUCAACAACAACAGCGUGCAACAUUGCAACAUCCACCGCUGCCCAACAGCAACAUCAAGCAGGCAUCGGUGAAAUUAAUCGAAGGAUAUUCAGAUCCAAAGGAUACGCGCAAUCACAAGAAGGUCUACCACAAAAAGGCCAAGAAGCGCUCGUCUACUGGCCACAAGCGGCAUCAGCAACAGCAGCAGCAGCAGCAGCCGCAUCAGCAGCAGUUGCAGCAGCAGCAACAGCAGCAAACGUUGCCAACGCCCAGAAGUGCGCAGCAGCAACAGCAACUGCAGCUGAAGUUGCAGCAGCGGCAUUCCACCUACAACAACAACAACGGCAACUCAAGAAAGGACAAACGCAACAGUCAUUACAAUUCAGACUCCUCGGCUCCGAAAUCCUCCGACGACGAGGCGGACAUCGACGAGGAGGUUGAGCAGCAACCGCUGCCCGUGCCACAAGCACCUGCCCAGAGUUUUCCGCAACGAGCGGCCGGUCUCAACUCGCCGGAUUCCAUAUCCGAUGACCUGGUGCGUCCGCUUCCACCGCAACUGCAGCGCAGUCCGCGCAAACUGACCGUCGCUCCGGCGGAGCACAACAAGCGUCAGCCCUCGCCCUACUACUACUCCGAUCUGCUCAAGAGCCGUGACAAGGACAAGGACAAGGACAAGGACAAGGACAAAGACAAGGAUAAGGACAAGGACAAGGAACGGGACAAGGACAGGGAGGACUUCAAGCUCAAGUGUCGCCAGUCGACGGCCAGUGAACCGCCGCAGCAAACCCAGACGCAGUUGGGUGGCUACCGGAAGAGCUCCAGCUUGGAUGUGCCGCCGGCGGAGGAGCAGCCGGAAGCAGAGAGCCACGAAGAGGAGGAUCCCAGGACGGGACAGGACUCCCAAUCCACGCCCAAGCGAUACAGUUUCACUGAGGAGGGUGUGCACAUCAUCCGCUGCGAGACGCCCAGCACCAGUACUUCCGAGGAAUCCGAUUGCAGUGAGUGCCUCAAGCGACGCGAGUGGCACGCUCGUGCCUUAGCCUUAGUCCGCAAGACCUGCAACGUUCAGCCAAGGAACCAGAAUCCCACUGGCAGCGAGCUCCAGCUGCAGCUGCAGCAUUGCGACGCCGGCGAGGGCGAACUGCUCAAGUGCUGUCCACCGCCACCGGCUCCAGCGGAGAUCCAGGCUCAGGUCCAGCCGAUGCCACCGCACCGCCUGCUGGGACCAGCAGCCGUGUGCGGAGCCUGCAUCACAUCCGCUCCUGCCUCCUCCUUGGCCGGCGGACGGGGCAGCGAGCUCGGCGAUGAUCUGGAAGAGGAAUACUUCCGGCCGCGCAGCAUCUUCUAUGUGCAUCCACAUGGCGUCCACGAGUGCGUCGAGUGCGCCCAGCCAGCCCAGCCUGCGACUGUUCAAGCGCCAACGCUGAGCAAUCCAUCGCUCGAUAUCUACGGCGACGACGAGGACGAAGUGGACGGCGACGAGGACGAGGACGAAGAGGACGACUCCGAGGACAUCAUGGGCAGCCGGCGGCGGCAGAUCUAUGAGACGGCCUUCGACUGCAAGAUAGCCAAGUCGGAUGACGACCUAGAUGAGGUGGAUCGCAUUACCAAUUGCUCGGUGUUGCUGCAGUUGAGCAAUGGCAACGGUGGUGACAUCACCAAGGUCACCAGCUCUUCCAAGACCCGGGCCGAGUGCAAGCGAGCCAAAAACUCAAAGAAUCAGGCUCUGCAAGAGCAAACGGGCGAGGCCCAUGUGCAGGUGCAUCAUGUGGAGGCGGAGCUGGGCAAGCUGCAGCUGAGUCAAGUGGACCAGCAGAAUCAGAACCAGAACCAGAGCCAAAACCAGCAGCAUGGAGUGAGUGCCACCGGAAGUGGAGCAAGUGCAUCCAGCACGCAGCAGCUGCCCGUGCGGGGAUAUACCCCAUCGCCGCCAUCGACGGCUCCGCUGCCGAUGAAAUUUCCCGGCAAACAUGAUCGCUACCUGAACAUGAACAGCAUCAGGAGUGCACCCAAUCUGCCCGCCGCCAAUCCAGCGCAUCCGCGUCUCCGGGAUCUCCGUCUGCCCAUCCAGUCCAUGCGGCAUCAGUGCGGCGGCAGCAGCAAUGACAACAGUCUCACCGACAGCGCCUACGUGAAUCCGCCCUCGACCAACUCGAAUUCGAAUGCGGCAUCAGCUUCCGCCUCGGCCUCCGUCUCGGCCACCGGAUCAGCAGCUCCCCGCCGACCGCGAUCCUUUGUCUUGGAAUCGGGCCGGGUGCUGGAGCUGCGACGCAGUGCCCAGGGCCAUCAGAGUGGUCAGUCGACCCACCAUCACCAUCAUCAUCAUCAUCAUGCGCCGGGGAGCAGAAGAAAUCGCCAUGGCCAGGGCCAGGGGCAAACUACCGGUGGUGGCCACAACUACAGCAGCACAGAGAGCAUUGCCACCUCGAGCAGUGGAGGCAGCAUGGAAUCGCUGCGUUCCAGCACCAGCGAGGGCAAUCGCAGCACCUCCAGCUCCGAGUCGCGGCACUCCAGUUCGCUGAGCUCUCACAGCUCGGAGAGCGGCAGUGGUGGCAGCGGCGGUAGCGGUGGCUCCAGUGUGGCCUAUCCCCUGCGACCGGCUCCCCUGCUGCUACAUUCCAAGCUGCACAUCCUGAGUCCCAUUUCCGACAAGUCCUCGCAGGAACCGGCGUCAGCCAGUGCCUCGGAGCAAUCGCAGCAGCCGUCCCAGCAACUGGCGCCGAUGGCGUCGCAGGAAGACGAUUCCACAACGAGUGGCGCACCAGCAGGGAACCAAGUCCAGGUGAAUGCCUCCUUGAAGCAGCCGCGUAGCAAUCGGGGUGCUCCAAAUAAGGCCCUGCUCCAGCUGGCUGAUGAGCUACUAGGUUCGGAUAGUGGGAUAUCGCUGCAUUCCCGGGAGGAGGGAAAACCGCAGGCCUUAGCGCUACAGCGUUUAACGCUGCCCAAGUUGCAGUUGAUUGGUGCUGAAGGAACAACAACGUCAGCAACGGCCUCCGGAGCAGGAGGUAGCUCAGCAACGGGUGGCAGUAGCGGCGCUGGAGGAUCAGGAUCCGGUUCGGUGGUUGCCAGCGGUUCGACUGGCAUACCGCAGGAUCUGCGCGAUUUGCCUUUUGAUAUGCCCAAACUGAGGCGACGCAAGACGCUGCAACAGGAGGCCGCCUGUACAUCGGGCAGUGCCACGUCCGUCGAUCUCGGCGAGCUGCCCUUCGACAUGCCGAAGCUGCGACGACGCCUGAGGGCCAACCAGGCGGAGAUCAAUAACCUACUGAUGCACAGCACCGAAUCCAGUGGCAUCUCGCAGGCUUCCUCCAGUCAUUCGAUGCGCGACGAUCAGAAGUUGUCCAGCAAGUUGGAUACGGCACUUUUUCGGCAGAAUCUCACUCUAAACCUUAAUGAAUCGCGACAGGCGACCAAGCAGUUUGGCAGCCUGGAUCUGCGUGGCCUCAAUAGCAACAAGGAGCUGAACAUGAAUCUCAGCCAGGGAUAUGUCACUGCUGUGGAUCUAAUCGAUGUGACCAUUCCGCUGGAGCGACAGGGUUGGUACCAUGGUGCCAUAACGCGAAUUGAGGCGGAGACCACACUGCGUCCGCUGUCCGAGGGAUCCUUCCUGGUGCGCAACUGCGAGUCCACGAAGCAGGACUACUCGCUAUCCCUCAAGGGCGCCAAGGGCUUUAUGCACAUGCGCAUCCAGCGCAACGAGACUGGGCAGUACAUCCUGGGCCAGUUUAGUCGUCCCUUCGAGACGGUACCGGAGAUGAUCCGGCACUUUUGCCUCAACCGGCUGCCAGUGCGCGGUGCCGAGCACAUGUGUCUGAUCGAGCCGGUCAUCGCCCAGCUGCUCUAGAGAGGCUCCAAGAACUCGAAGGACACCGGGAAGUGGCCAAUCGGAGGCUUUAGAGGCUCCAGGGGAUGGGGAACCAAACAGAAUUACAUAUUAAUAGCUCGUAGAGAACGUAGGAACCUAUGUGAACGAUGUGUAUGCACUAGUUAUAUAUGCGAGUUAGUUGUAAAAGGAUGAUGGCAAUUUUUUCAUGUUUUUUUUUUUUUGGCCUCGAACUUUGUAUGUCGGUCUACUAAAGUACACACACACACAACUCACUCACUAACACACGAACUAGUUUAGCGUUUAAAGUACGUAGCACAUUCAGACAAUACCAGCAAAUUACAAAAACCAAACAACAAACGAUAUUUAUAUAGAAGGCAUAUAUACAAGGGAGACGAAAUAUACAAGAGCAUAUAGAUACGGAUAACAAAAGCACUUGACGACAGUUGCUAAAAACGUAGCGGUACAUGAUGAUCCCCAAUGCGGACAAAGAUGGUACAGAUUUUAGAUGUGUUUACACCGAACCGAGCAUCAGAUUAGGAGCAACUAAUUGUAGCAUUGGGCGCCAAAAGAAACAAAAAAAAAAAAAAACAAAACAAAAAACCCUUCCGUUGGGUAAAGAUUUAUGGUAGAACACAUACAACUCACUUCUAGCGAUUAUAUGGUCGAAACUUAUGCAACUUUUCGCAGCACACACACACACACUCGCCCACUAGCACCGCCCAGCAUCGUCCGAUUAUUCAGAUAAUUACGCCACUAAUUUAUAAACCCUGAGUCCUUUGGCGACGGCUGCUAGUGGGCAUCGCUUAGGGCACGUUUACACUAAGAAAAGUUUUAGCAAGCAACUCUAAAAAUUUGUUGAUUAAUUUUAUGUUACCAAAACGAAGAAAAACGAACAAAAAAUCUAAAAUAUGUAUAUCUAUAUGUAUGAAAACUAACUUUAGCAAGAGCGAUGUCACUUUUUUUUUUGGUCUUAGCUGUAGGUCAGAGGUACGCGAAAUAGAACGCUCAAAGCGCUUUUGGUUAAAGGAUCGAAACGAAUAGGAUCAGAUCAGAUCGGAUCGGAUCAGAAGGAAUUGGAGGAUCGAUCGGAUCGGAUCGGAUCGAAUCGAUAAGGAUGGUUAGAAGAGGCAAGGAUAUAGCAACGCAUAUGAAAUGUCAGUUUAAGUGUUAGUUUCUAAUUGAGCGAACGAAGGACAGACUCUAUAUAUAUAUAUAGAUAUACAUAAUGUAUAUGUAUAUAUAUACAUAAAUAUAUAUGUAUUGAAUGCUACAAAAUGAUAUAUACUUACUAUUUAUAUUUCUAUAUAUACAUCUAUAUAUAUAUAUACACGAUAUUAAAGAGCAGUCAAUGGUUUUUUGGUUCCAGUUCCGAAAGAGAAGCAAGUGUCAGGAUGCAGGAUGCUAAUUAACUAAUUAACUAAUUAUUGUUUCUGGCAGUUUUCUGUUCCACCUUCGUACCGCCGAGCAAUACAACUGAUUUCCAGUAUCUCAACCAAAGUUAUGUUUAUAUGUGUGUGCCAAAGUAAUAUUCUAGUCGUAUGUAUGUGAAUCGAAUCUCCGUGUGAAUAUCAGCGCGUUAUAUUUUUUUCGAUAUGUUGAUUGUUGCCUAAUUUCUAAUACUCAAGCAAUCCGAUGCAGUGCAAUAUACGAAUACGUUUAUAUAUCUCGUUUAUGUAUCUAUGAUUUGACUAAUUUAGCUCUAAGUUACGAACGCCCCGAUUUGUCCAUAGUUAAUAGCGAAUCGGUUGAUAACCAUCUCCAUUUGGCGAAAGCUGCGCCAGUUUGUAAACGGCUUUUGUAAAUAUACGGAAUAUAAAUACAACACGACAGAUAUGUACGAUAUAUACAAGUCGAUAUUAAUAAACACACAACUUUUAAGCUAAGAUUUCAACGUCACAUAGAAACAGCAAAUCCACAUACAUUAACGACGUACAUAACAAUGUAUUUUGAGGCUUCCGUAGCGAUAACAGAAAAAUCAAUCAACCAAACAAACUACCAAGAGAAAAUCAACCAAAAUUCCAAGAUUAUCGCAGCACUCGGGCGUCACCGUUUACACCUGCAAUCCAUGAGGUCGUAGUGCAAAUUCGCUGAGUGUCGAUCGCUUCCGUUUUGUUGUGUAUAAAAAUUGUACUUUUAGGUCUGCGGACGAUGAUGAACAACCGGCUUACUCUAACCGAAACUUGUACUCCAAACUAGAGGCGCUCUCUAUCUACGGCACCCUAAUAUCUGAUUAAUUCAAUUAGUACAGAGCGAAUACGUAACAAGAACUUAACAAACAGAAACCGCAACAACAAACGAAAGAAACGAAAUGUAUUGAAUAAAAAUAAAUAUGAUAAAUUUCCAAA